AUGGGGAAUACCCUUGCAGUUAAUGCGGUCGAAAUCACGGAGAAUCUUUUCUUCGCCAUUUUCGGCCAAAAAGGUACCGAACACUUUUCAUUAAACCAGAAGCAGCAACCAACGUGGACGCUUUAUUUUUUUAAGGUGUCAUUCUCAUUAUACAUGCUCGUCAGUGUCAUAGUAUUGAUUAAUCUAUUAAUUGCUAUGAUGACCGAUACAUAUCACAAUAUUCAAUCACAGAGUGACAUCGAAUGGAAAUACGGUCUCAGCAAACUAAUUCGUAAGAUGCAAAAAACAAGAACAGCCCCAUUCCCGUUAAAUCUCGUUACCAUAUGGGCAGAAUAUAUUAAGAAUGUUUGUAUGAAAGAACGUAUUGCAAAGCAGAAAAUCGGCAGAUCGCGUGGGUACAUGGAACCCGAUGCGCAAAGGAUUUUUCCAAAAUUUUCUACUAAUACUAGAAUGCUUCCACUACCGCGAGCAGCGAAGGAACGAAUUAAUUUUUCCUUACUUCAAUCAAGCUCGACCAGUCAAACUUCUUUAAAUAAUAUUCCGAAGAUACAGAAUAUCGUUGAUUGGGAUAUAGUCCGUCGAAAGUAUCGUAUGCGAUUCGGAGACGAAAUCGAGAAACCGUCCAGUGGGGAGGUGACGCUUGCUAAAAUGGCUUGAACAAUAAAAUUGAUACGCGCAACAUAUGUUCUAUUAUUACAUGCAAAUUUCCAUA